AUGCAUUUGCCACUCCGGUCUUCCAUGGCGCAGAGCGCAAGACUUUCAGUACCUGAUAAGCAGUAUCAGAUUGCCGAUUGGUGUAUUCGGAAGAAAUUUCAUGACCUUGUGACACGGAUACAUCGAACCCUCGUCAUUGCACCAACCAACCACAGCGUCUCCUUGGGCUUUGUCUCAACACAACUAGCGACGCCUGUCUCUACCGUGGCUUCGGCAGAAGUGCCUGACGGAACCACUAUCCUUGGACAAGCCAGGCAGAAGAAGCGCAAACGGAUCAAGUCCACAGUUUGGGGCAAACCCCAAACUGGAGAUGAGGACGAGGCAUUCAAUUACGCGACCAUGCCGAACCUGCUCGAUGAUGUCCCACCAGCCCCUGAGGAGCUCAACACGAGAAGAAAAAGAAGCAGAAAGCCAAGGCAAUCCUCCAGCAUCCCACAAUCUUCCUUCGGUAGAAACGUGGUGUUGUUCAUAUGCUAUAUCACUCCUAUGUGCGAUUUGAACAACAUCAUUUUGCUCCCGUACCAAUACCGCGAGGCAAACGCAAAAUUCCAAUGCUUGAGUACUACUCAAUUCCCGGCUGUGAAUAGCCAGGCUAUGGUUACCUUCACGCCGAGAUGUGUACACGUACACGGUGCAUUUUUCGGUAGCCGUCUCGUCACGGUGACCAGCAUUGUGAUAUUUCCUUUGGAGAGCGCAAGAUUAGCUCGUGAGUGA